AUGGUUAACCCCACCGUGUUCUUCGACAUUGCUGUCAACAGCGAGCCCUUGGGCCAUGUCUCCUUCAAGCUAUUUGCAGACAAGGUUCCAAAGACAGCAGAAAACUUUCGUGCUCUGAGCACUGGAGAGAAAGAUGGUUAUAAGGGUUCCUGCUUUCACAGAAUUAUUCCAGGGUUUAUGUGUCAGGGUGGUGACUUCACACACCAUAAUGGCACUAGCAGCAAGUCCAUCUACGGGGAGAAAUUUGAUGAUGAGAACUUCAUCCUAAAGCAUACAGGUCCUGGCAUCUUGUCCAUGGCAAAUGCUGGACCCAACACAAACAGUUCCCAGUUUUUCAUCUGCACUGCCAAGACUGAGUGGUUGGAUGGCAAGCAUGUGGUCUUUGGCAAGGCGAAAGAAGGCAUGAAUAUUGUGGAGGCCAUAGAGCACUUUGGGUCCAGGAAUGGCAAGACCAGCAAGAAGAUCACCACUGCUGACUGUGGACAACUCUUAAUAAGUUUGACUUGUGUUUUAUCUUAGCCACCAGACCAUUCCUUCUGUAGCUCAGGAGAGCACCCCUCCACCCCAUUUGCUCGCAGUAUCCUAGAAUCUUUGUGCUCUUGCUGCAGUUCCCUUUGGGCUCCAUGUUUUCUCUGUUCCCUUCCAUGACUAGCUGGAUUGCAGAGUUAAGUUUAUGAUUAAGAAAUAAACACUAAAUAACAAAAAUAAAUAAAUAAAACAUAAAAAAUAAAUAAAAACAAAGUACAGCCCUACCGUGGAGAUACAAGCUGCCCCACUGCUAGAAAAUCAAGAAGAGAUUUCUGAAAUCAAGGUCUUUGUCUACAAUUCAACAAACAUUUACCGAAUUUCUGUUUUGUCCUUAGACACUCUGCUAGACAAGGGAUCAGCAAACUGAGGCCCUCAGGCCAAAUCUAGCCCAAACACCUUGUUUUUGUAAACAAAGUUUUAUUAGACACAGCUACACAUGUCCAUUUAAAUAUUAUCUAUGGCUGUUUUCCUGCUACAACUUGCGGUAUAGCCCAUCAAGCCUAAAAUAUUUACUGUCUGGCCCUCCACAGAAAAUGUUUGCUCAUCUCUAUGCUACACUCUAGAAAGAUGCAGAAAUGUAUCUUGAUCUAGGUGGUGGUUACAUAGAUAAACACGUUGGUAAAAAUUCAUCAAGCAUUUAAUUCAUUUUAUUGUAUGUAUGCCAUAACUCAAUACUUCUUUUAAUGAAAUGAAGAGUAAUCAGCCCCUGCCUUCUGGCAAUUUAAAAUCUGGUAGGAGGAUAUCAAAGUAAAUAAUUAAAAUACAAUAGUGAGCCUGCACAGUGGCUCACACCUGUAAUCCUAGCACUUUGGGUGGCAGAGGUGAGCAGAUCGCCUGAAGUCAGGAGUUUGAGACCAGCCUGGCCAACAUGUCGAAACCCUGUCUCCACUAAAAAUACAAAAAUUAGCCGGAUAUGGUGGCAUGUGCCUGUAGUAGUCCCAGUUACUGGGGAGGCUGAGGCAGGAGAAUCACUUGAACCCAGGAGGCAGAGGUUGCAGUGAGCCGAGAUCGUGCCACUGCAUUCCAGCCUGGGCAACAGAGCGAGACUC